CUGGGAGAAGGAGGCUGGGGUGCGCCCUCCCUACGCCGGACCUCAGCCGAGCGAGUUCGGCCUGACGUGCCUGCGCACCAGGCGUGCUCGGCAGCGCGGACCCGCGGACCCUCGGGAAAGCGCAGUUGGAAAGUUGGCGGCGGCGGUGCCCUGUGCGCCCUGUUGUGUAACCUCGGCGCCGCCAGCCGGACGGGGAAGUUGUCGGCCCGCCCAGCCGCCGGGUUCAGGCGCUGCCCCGGGCCGAUUUCAUGGCCCCGGGGGGACGCGCGGCUGCAGCCGGCGUGGGCGAGCCCCCGCGCGCACCCUUCUGCGGGGACCCCGCGCGCGCGAUCCCUUCCGCUCGCGGGCUUUGCCGAUGCUCCCUGCGCCCUUUGCCACCUCCGCCCUCUCGCCGCCGCUUCCCCCUCGAAGCUGCCGCCUAAGUCGGGGAGAAGAGAAUGACAGAGGUGCUGUGGCCGGCUGUCCCCAACGGGACGGACGCUGCCUUUCUGACCGACCCGGGCUCGCCUUGGGGAAACAGCACGGUCGCCUCCGUCGCCGCCGUCACCACCUCCUUUAAAUGUGCCCUGACCAAGACGGGCUUCCAGUUCUACUACCUGCCGGCCGUCUACAUCUUGGUGUUCAUCACCGGCUUCCUGGGCAACAGCGGGGCCAUCUGGAUGUUCGUGUUCCACAUGAAGCCGUGGAGUGGCAUCUCCGUGUACAUGUUCAACUUGGCGCUAGCCGACUUUCUGUACGUGCUGACUCUGCCCGCGCUCAUCUUCUACUACUUCAACAAGACCGACUGGAUCUUCGGGGAUGCCAUGUGCAAACUGCAGAGGUUCAUUUUCCACGUGAACCUUUAUGGCAGCAUCCUGUUCCUGACGUGCAUCAGCGCGCACAGGUACAGCGGCGUGGUGUACCCGCUCAAGUCCCUGGGCAGGCUCAAGAAGAAGAACGCCGUCUACAUCAGCGUGCUGGUGUGGCUCAUCGUGGUGGCCGCCAUCUCGCCCAUCCUCUUCUACUCCGGCACCGGGGUCCGGAAGAACAAAACCGUCACCUGCUAUGACACCACCUCCGAUGAGUACCUACGAAGUUACUUCAUUUACAGCAUGUGCACGACCGUGGCCAUGUUCUGUGUCCCGUUGGUGCUGAUCCUGGGCUGUUACGGAUUAAUCGUGAGAGCUUUGAUUUACAAUGACCUGGACAACUCGCCUCUGAGGAGGAAAUCGAUUUACCUGGUGAUUAUCGUGCUCACCGUUUUUGCUGUGUCUUACAUCCCUUUCCAUGUGAUGAAGACGAUGAACUUGAGGGCCCGGCUGGAUUUUCAAACCCCAGAAAUGUGUGCUUUCAAUGACAGGGUGUAUGCCACUUAUCAGGUGACAAGAGGUCUAGCCAGUCUCAACAGCUGUGUGGACCCCAUCCUCUAUUUCUUGGCUGGAGAUACUUUCAGAAGGAGGCUCUCCCGAGCGACCAGGAAAGCUUCCAGAAGAAGUGAGGCAAAUUUGCAAUCCAAGAGCGAGGACAUGACCCUCAAUAUUUUAUCGGAGUUCAAGCAAAAUGGAGAUAGGAGCCUGUGAAGGCACCAGAAUCCCCAAACACCUCACUUUUGUAACAUGGUCUCAGGAUACCCAGACUCCUUGGGGGGAUGUGUUAAAUACAUUGUUUCAGGUUCCAGAGAACUUUCUGUAAGAGCAGAUCCAGCCAGAAGGUGGACAGUGGCUAGAAAUGUCCUUUUACUAAUUGGCAUGUUUUUUUUCCAAAGUGUUUCUUCUUUGCUUCAUGCCAACAAUGACAUGUGAAUGCAUGCCACCUAGUAACAAGAAUGAUCUUGCCAACUCCUUCCAGGCCAACAGAAGUCUCUGGGAAGAUCCGUCCUAAUGGUGAAAAACAUAACAGAGGGUCAGGAUGAAAUAGUGAUCUAUUGGCUGAAAAGCUGAUUCAUGCCACAUGAGGAAAUGAGUAAGUAUUUGAAUAGUAGAGGCAGCAAUCUGUUGGCAUUUGGAUGAAAAAGCUGCUACAAUUAUAGAACUUAGCAGUUAACUAAGUUUUACAAAAAUAUUUUAAUGCCACGUUCAAGUAUUCUUAUUGAUUGUAUAAAUGGAUAUCUUUGACUCUUUGAACAUCAAUUUGUAUUUACAUUGAAAUAGAAAGAUAAGCUAAGAAGAAAUGUAGCCUGCAAGUCAGAAUUCAGAGUUAAGCCCAUAAAGUUGCCGCUGGGCCAGCUGUGGGACUCUUGACCCUUUGAAGACCAUUCUUCGUGGAUUAGAAAGGAUUUUCUGACAUCAUUUGCUGAUGCUGUAAGGGAUUUGGCAAAGCUUGAAAACUGGACUGUGCAAGAAAUCUGCUACUGUGUUUUCUAGGACUCUGCAGUCCAGUGCUGGACUCACAAGUUUACAAGGUCCAGAGGUUGUGAUGGGCAGGUCAUACCCUGCAAGUCUUCUCUGUCUCCUCAGACAGGACACUGAUUGAUAACCUUUGGAUACAUCAGAUAUCAGUGCUUACAGCAGCUGCGCUUCAACUAGUGACAGUACUUAAAGGUGAUCCUAGUUAGAUCUACUGAAGCUUCAGCAUUGCUGGUUAAAUUGUACCUAUCGUAAUAGUAUUUAUUGAGGAAGCUCACAGUCCUUCAUUUGUACAGACUGAAAAACUUUCUUGAAAGAUCCAAUAUCAUGAUGUAAAUGGUAUUUAUUACAAUGUAUAUUAUUAUGUCACACUGGUGUACUUAACAUAAUAUAUGAUGCAUAGACACAAUGACAAUUAUAUAUCACGAUGCUCUUUUCGAAUAGCAGUUUCUUGAAAUGUUCGUCUUUGGUUUUCUGUGUGUCUAAAAUAUGAAAAUCUGUUUCGCAAUGCAAGUGACUAAUUUUCCCUUUAAAUGGAUUUGCGUGUUAGCCUUUUCAGAGUUCUUCUGUGUAGACACAAUCUGGUGUCAGAUUAUCAUAAAAUCAAUAGUCAAAAUAGGAAGUACUUUAGCCAGACUGGCUCUGUCUAUCUACAUUUUAUAUAUAUUAUAGAAAAAUACAUGUUGUCUUUUCAGGAGAUUUAGAAUUUUGCUCCCCACUGUGAUCAGAGUAUCCACUCCCAAAGGCAAAAUGCUUCUCUUACAUCAAGUUGGUCACUUCUGUGUUUGUCUUUUGGAAUGUGCAUUAUAGGACCAACAUUUGACUUUAUUGACAGGCCUCAGGGAGAUGGGAAAAAAAAAUCAGCUGAUAUUAUCACCUGUUAUUGCUUAGUACUGAAGAUUCUGCAUUGUGUUUCUUCUUAAAGUGAAAUUGUAUAAUCUUAAUUUCUUUGAGAUGGAAUUUUUAAGUAACACUAUCAGCAAGUUCAACAUUGCUAUUGAUUUUAAUGUCUUCAUUGUUCGGUGGGUAGCUUUAACAGCAGGAUUUGGAGACUCAUUCUCUUAUUGGGCUGCUGAUUUCUGUGACAGUUUCAAAUUCUCAUGUACCUUGUCGUGUACACAUCACACAUUAACAUGAAGGUGAAUAUAUGUUACAUAUCAAGCUUUGUGAAUUUGAAUUAUGUUUUAGUGUUUUUGCAAAAAUGUUUAUUUUUAUAUUAUCUGUGAUUUUAAUAUAGAGAAUUGAACAAGAUUUCUUUGUGAUUAAUAGUGCCAUUGAAUGGGUGGUAUGAAACAGUGUUACUUGACAUUUUGAGCCUUCUCAGGUUUAUCUCAAUAGGCGGUAGCUUAACGAUAUCCAGACUAAUUGUGUAUAAUUGUGUUUUUAAUAAAAGGAGUAUAUAUUUCCUAUAAUAGCAUAGUACUGUUGCAUGCAGGAGUAUGCAGAAUCUGUGUGUGUGUGUGUGUGUGUGUGUGUGUGUGGCUAAGGCAUGACAGCCAACUUUGUACCCACUAUUUAUAGCAGCAGCAGAGGUUCAUAAUGAGAGUCACUAGAAUUGUACUCACCAUAGACAAUUAAAACUGAAAAAGACUCAAUAAAACCAUAAAACGUG